CCCCAUGAAACGUGUUUUUGAAAAAUAAUUAUUACACGAAUGUUACAAAUUUGGUUGUAAAUUUAGACAUGCCAUUAUGCUAGUUAAAGACAGAUUUUACUUUAUUUUGCUGAACUCAACCAUAUUUUUGAUUACAUUUUAUGCUUUGUUCUUAAAAUGCUUCUUUCCAAUGAAGCAGUCAAGAAUCGGGUUUUCUAACAAGAGUGAUCUCCCCUUAGUCUCCAAAAAUAUUAAUGGAACACCCAGUUAUAAAAGUUAUGACCAUUUGAUUCUUAUGGUUAUUGAUGCUAUGAGAUCAGAUUUUAUACUAGGAAAAGAGACACAUAUGAAAUUUACCCGACAUGCCAUUAGAAAUGGUCAUGGAUUGAAUUUUACGGCUAAAGUUAACCCACCAACAGUUACUUUACCGAGAAUCAAGGCUUUAACAACAGGAGGUAUUCCCGGUUUUGUUGAUGUUGUUUUAAACUUUGGUUGUGAAUCUUUACAAGAAGAUAAUAUAAUAACUCAGAUGAAGAGAUGUGGUAAAAACCUGGUAUUUUAUGGUGAUGAUACAUGGAUUAAACUAUUUCCACAACAUUUUAUACGAGAAGAAGGGACAACAUCAUUUUUUGUUACUGAUUAUACUGAGGUGGACAACAAUGUAACAAGGCAUCUACCAGAUGAAUUAAAUAAAACUGAUUGGACUAUGAUGAUUUUACAUUAUCUGGGAUUGGAUCAUAUUGGUCACAUGUCUGGUCCCUUCAGCCCAUUGAUCAAACCGAAACUAGAAGAAAUGGAUCAAAUAAUAGAAAUGAUUUAUAAACAGAUGGAAAUUUGGGAUCAAAGGGAAGAAACUAGUAUGAUGGUAAUAUGUGGUGAUCAUGGAAUGAGUGAUCAGGGAGGUCAUGGUGGAGCAUCACAAGGAGAAACCAGUGUACCUGUUAUAUUUUUAUCACCAUCAAUAAAACACUAUAAUAACGAUCAAAUGAAAUUAAAUAUUAAACAAAUAGAUUUGGCACCAACGUUAGCUACAUUGAUGAAUAUACCAAUUCCCUUGAAUAAUCUUGGAACAAUAAUAUUAGACUCACUUAUUGGUCUUACUACUACAGAGAAAGUUCAAGCCAUCUUCUCCAAUGCUUACCAAGUUUCCGCUUUACUACAAUUCAGCAUAGACAGCUUUGAAAAAAAUAAAGGUUACAUACUUUAUAAUCAGACUAGUAAAAGAUAUAUAGAAUGGUUAGAAGAUAAGGAUACAUUAAGUAAGAUAGCUAGAGAGAAUCAAGGACAAUCUAUUAUUAACAAUUUUAUUAGAUGUAUAGAACUAAUGACAGAUGAGAUACAAGAAAGCUCUACAGUAUAUGAUAUACAUGGAAUGAUAGUAUUUAUUAUCUUUAUAUGGUUGAUAUUGGUAUUAUUGUUGAUAUAUCAACCAGUUAUUUUAAAGACCAGUGAUAUAUGUAGUAAAAUCUACACUAUACUGAUAUCAAGUUGUGGUGUAAUAAUAUUCAUACAUUUAACAGUUUGUACUAGUCAGUAUAAGAGUAUGUUGCUAUGUAACAAUGACAGUGUAUCAUCUAUAACAAUACAAGUGCUCGGAUUGGGUAGUUUUAUGUUGCUUGUCUAUCAAAUAGUCUCAUUGUGGACGGGAACAUUAAAUAAUCCACAAAACCAUACCAGAGAAUAUGGAAGUACUAUCAGUAUUAACUGUAGUGAGUUUAAUGGUGUUACUGGUAUUACAAUAUACUGA